AUGGAGGAGGAAAACACACAUGUGGACUCGAACGACAAGCAGGCCUGUGAAAUGCACAGAGGAGGAGAAACGCACAGAGGAGAAACUCACAGAGGAGAAACUCAGAUGAAGAAGAAGGUGUUCUACAUUGUGCAAGAAGUACCGUACGCAGAUUUUUACAACUUUGAUUAUGAGCCAAUUGACAGUUUUAGGAAGUCAGGGGAAACGCAGUGCAUCGACGGGGACACGUCGACAUCGUCAUCGUCAUGUGGUGAGGUUGGUGAGGUUGGUGAGGUUGGAAGUGGGAGGACCGGAAAGAGGACCCAUGCAAGUUGCUGUUGCGCGGGCCAUCAGCAGGGGAAUAAUGCUCAUGAGGAGGGAGAAAAACGCGAAUGUGCAGAGUACUACUACCAGGGAGGGGAAAAUCCCAGCGGAGGGUGUCCCAGCGGAGGGCGUCCCAGCGGAGGGCGUCCCAAUGGAGGGCAUCCAAAUGGAGAGCAUCCAAAUGGAGUGCAUCCAAAUGGAGAGCAUCCCAAUGGAGAGCAUCCCAAUGGAGAGCAUCCCAAUGGAGGGCAUCCCAAUGGAGGGCAUCCCAAUGGAGGGCAUCCCAAUGGAGGGCAUCCCAGUGGAGGGCCUCCCUCAGGCGCACCCCGAAGAAAGAGCGAGUUGAGGGAAGGAUAUCCCCUCGCGAAUAAACCCGCCAGUAGGAGAACCCCUGCAAAGAAAAGACAAAAAAUAAAAAGGAAAAAUGAAUUCCUGAAGCAGUGCGAAUUUAACAGCGAUGGGAGUUGCUACUACACCAUUUCGAACAGCAACUAUUUGAGACUCUUCGCCACGGACUUGUUAUUGUUAAAUGCGUUAAGUAAGGGCAGCGGUGUGGGAAGCGGUGGCGGUGGCGGUAUGGGUAGCGAUGGCAGUAACGGCAUCCGCAACGGCAUCAGUAACGGCGGCAGUGGAGAGGGGCACGCACAGCUAAGGGCACUACAUGAGGAGUACGAACGCAUGGACGCUGAGGAGAAGGAGAAAAGGAACCAGAGCUGGAUCUGCAUGCAGCUGGGCGAACAUAUAUACGAUUGCAAAUUUUACCCCUUUUUUGAUUGGAACAAUAGCAACACAUGCUUCUUUGCAGUGUCUUCUAAAGGCAGCCCUGUAUGUCUGUACAGCGCAUAUGAUGGGUCCUCUAUCAUGUCUUUCAAAACGUUCAACCACUGCCAAGAGUUAUGUAACUCUUAUUCGUUAUGUUUCCACCCAGACAGAAACUGGCUUCUAUGUGGAACAAACGAUAAGUCAAUCAAAGUAUUCGAUUUUGCAAAACCAAACGAAGUAUACGAAAAUCGUAUCUUAAGUACAAGAAGAGGGAGAGGGCAAAAGGGUAUUAUAUCUACCAUGACUUAUAAAAAAAAAGGAUAUGGGAAAAAUACUAUGUAUGCUGUUGGAGAUUACAAUGACUGUAUAUACCUUUAUGCGGAUAACUGUGAUCAUAAAAAUGAUUUUAUUUUAAAAUUUCAAGUUGAUAGAAUGAAAUCUAAUGGAAUAACUUGUAUAAAAUGGAUAGAUGAAUUUUCUCUCCUUAGUGGAAGUCGAAAUGGAUCAUUUAUUUACCGUUAUGACAUGAGAAAAAAUACAGAGUAUGUACAAAAAUGGGAAAGAUUUGCUUUGACUAAUCAGAAAUACUUGUUUGAUGUAUAUCGAGAUUUCCUCCUCAUCAGUGGGUCUGGCACGAGACGCUUUUACGAAAAUAACAGCAACAAGGUUGAUAUAAUGGCGAGUGUCUUUAGUGGUGGGAUGAAUACGUCCUACCAUAAUGCGGUGGACGGUGCGUCUGAUCGUAAUGCGGUGGACGGCGUGUCUCCAGCUUCUUCUUCGAUUCCCUUUCCCAGCGUGUCUCGGUACAUAAACAGCGCUUGCACAGUUUGGUGCGAUUUCGCCAUGUCCUCUGACGGGUAUGGGUAG